AGGUUGCCUCAUAGCCUGGGCCCUUCUCCAGAGCUCGGCGGCAUCAUGACGGUGGGCGCCCGGCUCCGAAGCAAGGCGGCGAGCAGCUUAGUGGGCCGAAGGCCCCUGGGGCGAUCGCGCCGCGCCGGUGACGAGGAGACAGAUGCCAUCGUGGAGCACCUGGAGGGCGAGGACGAGGACCCGGCGAGCCCGGACUGUGAGCGCGAAGAGGGCGGGCGGCGCGCGGGGACUCCGAGCGCACGCAGGGUGCACCUGGCUGCGCUGCCUGAGCGCUACGACUCCCUGGAGGAGCCCGCGCCAGGCGACAAGCCCAAGAAGAGGUACCGGCGAAAACUGAAGAAGUACGGCAAGAAUUUUGGGAAGGCCAUCAGCAAAGGAUGCCGGUACAUUGUCAUUGGCCUGCAAGGAUUUGCCGCAGCGUACUCCGCCCCAUUUGGAGUGGCCACCAGCGUGGUGUCCUUUGUGCGCUAACCAGAGCCGCAGGGGCAGGUGACACCAGAAUGCUUCUGCCCAGGGGACAGUGUGAAUCCACCGGCACUUCAGACUCAGACUCGUGGGAAGUCAGAAGAGGAACCCUGCUUCGUGUGCUAUUGUUGAACUGGUUGACUGUGAGGCACGAGCCGUCCCCGCUCAUUCGCUGAGCCAGUCAUGGACUUGGGUGGAUCCAGGAGUCAGUUCUGCAGAGAAUUGGGCCAAGGUCAGGUUGGGGUUAGGAUUAGUUUGCUUCCUGUGCUAGUUAGAGGCUUUCGGGGAUACACGCAGGCAGGCCCAUGGCAGGUCUGGGGUCUGAGCCAUGCAGAUAGUGGGUGAAUUUGCCGGAGGAGGACACAGACCUCUGAUGUGAAGGUUGCUAGUUUCUGAAAAGGUUGGGGAGCUGACGGCACUAGCCUUGACCUUCCUUGAUUCUUUCACUGAAUACAGCGAGAGAGCUGUUUGUUUCAGAAGUCUAUCUCCCCCAUCUCUUUUCUCCACUCGGACUGUCAUCUGGGAGUUUAAUUACGGGUUUGGGAAGAAAGAAGGAAGGAAACCAUCUUUAAAGACUAUGAUGCUUUGUAACGUGUACUCACAGCUGUGUGGGGACAAUUGAAAGAAGAUCAAAGUGUAUCAUUUUCACCCACCUACAUAAGCAUGCAGCUGGCAAGGAGGGAGGGAGGGAGGGAGGGAGGGAGGGAGGGAGGGAGGGAGGGAGGGAGGGAGGAAGGGAGGGAGGGAGGUCAGGGCCAGAAGCAGGCUGGGAGGCUGCAACAGGUGCUAUUGGAAGGUCUGGGCCAGCUAUUGUGAUCUGAGCUGUCAGGACUCCUGCAGAUGUGGCAAGCCACACCAGUUCACUGCAACAGGUGCCCAAGUCCCCCAUUUGAUUGAGGAGAGGGAGAGGGGAAGGGAGAGACAGAGACAGACAGAGAGACAGACAGAGACAGAGACAGACAGACUCUGAAUGGGAACUGACAUGUAUAUUUAGAGGAGGAAAUGGUAAGUAAGAGACAGGCAUGAAGAAAGGCCAAGAACAACAUUGGAAAAGUGAUGGAGUUUGGGACCUAGGUUUGCGAUGGGGAUUUUCUUGGGAGGGCUGGGCUGGUUGUGUAUAGGACUAGAGGAAGCUGGGAGGACCAGAGUCACCAUGGUGGUUGGGUUCAUCCCUCUUAGGCCUACAUCUCACUUGGAUUCAAAGACUAGUGUAAGCAAGAGUCCCAGGCUUGGCACACACCGAGCAUCAUUUGUAGACAACCACGGAAUGCUGGGAGAAGUGGAGAAGAAACCCUUAAAAGUUGAACUGGCAUGGGUCACAAUUGUUUUUAAAGUACCUCACAGAGGCCAAGAUUCCAACUUUGCUUCUCGAAUAUUCCAGAUCCAGAGAAGGUGUUGGGACCACUCUGCAGGAUCCGGGUCAGCCCGUUGGCCUGAGGCUUCCUGGGGGCACACAAAGAAAGCCAUGGUCUUCAUACCUCACCCACUGAGUCCAACCAUUAGGCACUGGUGGGUGGGUAGGGUAGGAAGAUGGACAGAGAGACAGGCACAGAAGACAGUGGUAGUUGCCCAUUUAGACCCAGCCCUGCUGAAUAUGCCCAGGCCCUAGAGCUGGGAAAUAGUCUUGCUUUAGCCCCAGUAGCACUAGCUGCUAUGUGCAUGGAUUCACACUCGUGACAGAGUGAUGCUUGCUGGAUAGGCCUAGGAUGGGAAAGGAGAGGUUAAUAGGAGAAAGGGCAGCAUGCAGUUAGUUGGAAAGAGACAGAAAUGGGAGGCUUUGCAGGAUGCCUCCCCUUCCAACCACAGCUGAGCCCCCAGGAGCCAACAAGGGAGAAGUGUGAGAAGGGAGAGCCGGGUAGGGAGAAGUGUGAGAAGGGAGAGCCAGGUAGGGAGAAGUGUGGCCCAAGGAAGGGAUGGGAUUGGGAGUCAAUGUUGCUUCCUCCCCUGGGAGUCUCUCCCUCCCCACCUCCCAAAUUGUGAAAGCAACAAAGCAAAGCACAUCUGGCCAGGUGUCUCUCAAAGUCUGGCUAAGAAUUAACUCAAAGCGUCCAAAGUCAAAAGCUCUCAGGGGUUUUCCUGGGACUCGGUGGGGUUUGCUGCAAGGUGGACUUCAGCCCCUGGAGCAUGCUGUGUGGUCACAUCGUCGCCUGUGUGGGACUUUUGGUUCUGAGAGCCUGGUUCUUCCAGCCUGCAAACUUGGUUCCUGCUGCAGACUGCUCUUCUUCGCUUUUCCUGGUUAUUCUCUUGUGUCCAGCAGCAGGGCCCACACCCCACUGCAACCGAGUUUAAGAGCUUAGCUCUCCCACUACUGGCUUCCAACCCCUUCCUCUGUAUCCCUCCCUUGCCUUUGCUGUAAAUAAAAGUUCCAGCUUGUCUGGUUUUCCUGUG